CCGUGCAGUGUAGCGGUGGCGGGCGUGGUACAGUGUAGCCAGUCGGCGGGGUACAAUGUAGCUGCGGACAGGGUGCACUGUUUUGAAAGGAGCACCUCAGGUGAGGGGCAGGAAGAAAGACCCACUUCCAGAAGAUGUAUCCACAGGAGUAGGUUACCAACAAGGGCCUGGCUGAACUGGGACCAAGUGGGAUGCUAUGGAAUAUGAUGAGAAGUUGGCUCGCUUUCGGCAGGCCCACCUCAACCCCUUCAACAAGCAGCUUGGGCCAAGGCAUCAUGAGCAGGAACCCAGGGAGGAGGCCCAGGAAGUUACUUCCGAAGAGACCCUGUCUGAGCUGCCCCCUGGAGAACCUGAGUUCCACUGUUCUGAGCACAUGAUGGAUCUUGGUCUGUCUGAGGACCACUUUUCUCGCCCUGUGGGUCUUUUCCUGGCCUCUGAUGUUCAGCAGCUGCGGCAGGCGAUUGAGGAAUGUAAACAGGUGAUUCUAGAGCUUCCUGAGCAGUCCGAGAAGCAGAAAGAUGCUGUGGUGAGGCUCAUCCACCUCCGGCUGAAGCUCCAGGAGCUGAAGGACCCCAAUGAAGAGGAGCCCAAUAUCCGGGUCCUCCUGGAGCACCGCUUCUAUAAGGAAAAGAGCAAGAGUGUCAAGCAAACCUGUGACAAGUGCAAUACCAUCAUCUGGGGCCUCAUUCAGACCUGGUACACCUGCACAGGGUGUUAUUACCGCUGCCACAGCAAGUGCCUGAACCUCAUCUCUAAGCCCUGUGUGAGCUCCAAGGUUAGCCACCAGGCCGAAUAUGAGCUGAGCAUCUGCCCUGAGACUGGACUGGACAGCCAGGACUACCGCUGUGCUGAGUGCCGUGCUCCCAUCUCUCUACGAGGUGUGCCUAGUGAGGCCCGGCAGUGUGACUACACUGGCCAGUACUACUGCAGCCACUGCCACUGGAAUGACCUGGCUGUCAUCCCUGCUCGAGUGGUGCACAACUGGGACUUUGAGCCUCGCAAGGUGUCUCGCUGCAGCAUGCGCUACCUGGCGCUGAUGGUGUCACGGCCAGUGCUCCGACUCAGAGAGAUCAACCCUCUGCUCUUUAACUACGUGGAAGAGCUGGUGGAGAUCCGGAAGCUGCGCCAGGACAUCUUACUUAUGAAGCCGUACUUCAUCACCUGCAAAGAGGCUAUGGAGGCACGACUGCUGCUGCAGCUUCAGGAUCGGCAACAUUUUGUGGAGAACGAUGAGAUGUACUCCAUUCAGGACCUCUUAGAUGUGCACAUGGGCCGCCUCAGCUGCUCACUCACUGAGAUCCACACACUCUUCGCCAAGCACAUCAAGCUGGACUGUGAGCGGUGCCAAGCCAAGGGAUUUGUGUGUGAACUCUGCAGAGAAGGUGAUGUGCUAUUCCCAUUUGACAGCCACACAUCUGUGUGUACUGACUGUUCAGCUGUCUUCCACAGGGACUGCUACUACGACAACUCAACUACAUGCCCCAAGUGUGCCCGGCUCAACUUGAGGAAACAGUCACUCUUCCAGGAGCCUGAUCUGGAUGUGGAUGCUUAGAACACUGGAGGAGAGUACCAGGCACCAUAUCUGCCCCUCUGGCUCUUAUCCUGCUGGUAUUACCAUACAGGUGUUCACUCUACUCUGGAGAUCCCUGGGUAUAUCCUCUGGGCCUCUUUACCCCCUUCUGCCUCAGAAGGGGUGACUAGUGUCCACCCAGGUGCUUUCUGGGACUUUGAGUGUCUGUAUCUGGCUGUUAACUGCUUCUGUAAGGGGUCAAGAUGAUGCCUCUGUCCCACUGUAGGACUCCUUGAGUGGGGGAGCCUGGGUGUGAUUCCCUUGGGGAGUGGGGGAGUCACUGUCCUGUGGCAGAGCCCUCAAGGCCUUUAGACCCUUCUGGGCCCUAGAGAUAGUCCUGCUCCUGUCCAGGCUAUCCUGGCAAAUGAUCAGACUGAGACCCUCAGAGCCUUCAGAGGCCUGGCCAGUGAGACCAGAGGAUGUCUCUCAACUGAGUUUUAUUUCUUCCAUGGAUGGUUUGAGUUCUACUGUAGGCUCCCAUCCCUCCUAGCACCUUGGCUCUUUAGGGGCUUCAGGUUGCCCUAACUGGGGCUGCUCACAAUGGUGUCCCAUGGACCUCCCUCACUAUCUUGAGGGUCAUCUUCAUCCUCUGUAGUGUGUCAGUCCUGUGUAUUUCCCUACCCUUUUUGUAUAAUAGGGAGAGAAGGGGGGCUAUAGAGAUUUUCUUGACUGAUACACCUGCUCCUGCCUAUCCUACUUUAUCCUGGUGCUUUGAGCUGGGCUGCUGAGAACUCAGCCUAAGGAGGAUGUCUCAGCCUCCUUAUUUGCAUAGCUGUAAGUCCCUAGGGGAGGUUCAUAGUCAAGCAAGUGAGUUAGUUAUAGUUGACCUAUGUAGCAUUUUGGGGAACCUAAUUUGCCCCUGGAGGUCUGUUCUGUUGCUUAAGUGCCCUGCUUAAAGAUGGCCAGUAUGUGAUUUUUGUUUGUUUGGGAAGUCUGUGACCAAGAGCUAGGAAUGUUUACUUGAGGGAGCCCCAAGCAGGAGGCCUACAGUCCAUGCAAGAAGAUAGAGGCUUUGAAGGUGGACAAGACCUACAGGUCUUCAGUCGAGGCAUACUCCAUCUCCAUGCUUUAACCCCACAGAUCCUAUGGUUGAAGGUGUGUGGAGUGGAGGGGAUCUCAGGAUAUGUUUUCUGUCUGUCUUUCCUGGGAAGCAGAGGUUGCUUGCAUCUGUCCUUUUUCCUUGCCUGUGUAUUGCUGUUGUUGACACACACAGGUAGUAGGAAGAAGGCAGAGAGUGUCACAGCUUGAAUGUUCCCUUUUGACAAUGUUCAAGAAGGGACAGUUCAAUCAGCAAGAUGCAGCUUAGCUUGCUGGCCCAUUUGAGUGAUGGAUGGACAUAUGACCACCUCCUCCUUGCUUCUCUGUCCUACCUGGUAGCUUUAAGCUCUUGCUGUCUUUUCUGUUUCAAUUUUCCCAUCUGGAAAAUGGGGGCAGUGGAACUGACCAACUUCAGGGUGCAACAGUGAGGAGUCCUUUGAGUGAUGUGGGUCAACAUCAAGUCCCUGUCCUCUUUCCUCUUUGGGGUUAAAGAGGGAAUUAAAGCCAAAUGCCAUUUUCUUACACCCCUCACCACUGUAUCACAUUCUAUCAUGUGGCUAUUGGCCCUUCCCGAAUCUCCUAUGUAAUGAACACCACAUUAUUCUAGCUAUAAAUCAGUGUCUAAAGAAAAUGUUACUAGUCUGGCAUUUAUUGGACAAAGGGUUUGUCCCCCUUUAAUAACAUACUUCAAACCUUCACCAAUUCUUCCUCUACCUGCUCUUUCUAGAUGAUACAGACUUUGAUAGAAUCAUAUGUAGGUCCUUGUGUGAGUCUACAUCAUGGUAAGAAGAAUCUAGACAGGAGCAAAAGCCCAUUUGCAAGGUUAACACCUUACAGAAGAGUACAACCCAAAGUUAUCUUCCAGCAUGGGACCAGGCUGGCCCCAGAGAAGCCCAGUCACAACAAUGCCACUGUCUCACUCUCAUUAAAUAUGUGCUAUCUACAUUGAUAUGUGGUAAAUCUUGGAUAAAGCAGAGAUAAAGUAUAUGACAUUUCAAAUUUAAGAAGACAUCUUACCUUCCUUUUUC